AUGAAUUCAAAAAAAUCAUCUGGAUUUAAUAUUUACAUUAUUCUUGCUUUCUUACUCCUAAGUCAGGUAUAUAUAAGUCAUGCAGAAAUAGUAACAGGAGUUGCUAGCAUUCCUACUUCUAAUGCGUGGUAUUAUUGUAGUUCAAGUCCCGUUACUUCUUCAAGUUUCUAUGUUAAGGUAGUUGAUAAUUCAACAACAGUCACAAUGAAUGCUGGUAAUAUAACCGAGGUUCUCUUACCUACAAAUGUGAAUAGCCCUAACGGAGGUGUCAUAAUCCACUUUUUCAAUGAGACAGGAAUGAUGACUUAUCUAGAUCCAACCGCAGCGACCUUUUUUUAUUAUUCAGCACAAUCUUGUAAAGAUCCCGUAAUGAUCUGUUCUCACAGCUCCUCAACUUUAGAUUCUCGAACAUAUUGCCUUUCAGUGUCAAAUUCCAAUCAAUUUCCUGUCAAAGUUGAAAUUUAUGAAAAUUUUGGCGGCGGUGGUGUUUUACCGUCAACUUAUAUAGUUCCUUCUCCUACCAGCACUAAUUCAACCACAUCUAAAAGACCUACCAUAAUUUCAACUACUCCCACUAAUACAUCUAAAAUAAGACCCACCAGUACUACUAGCAGUAGUAGUAGUCGUCCUACAUUAAAACCUUCUACUACCGUUAUUAUUCCUAUUGGUAGCAGUGAUGCAUCACAGUUAUAUUUUGGAGAAAUUUCAAAACCAACGCCUAAAGAAAAUGAAUUAUUAGUGAAGGUUAAAAGUUUUGGUUUAAAUCGCAUGGAUAUUUUACAACGUGAAGGAAAGUAUCCCCUGCCACCAGAUAUAACAGAUAUACUUGGAGUAGAAAUUGCGGGAAUUGUCGAAGAAAUUGGUAGAAGUGUCACAAAUUAUAAGAUUGGAGAUCGAGUUUUUGGAUUGAUAUACGGAGGUGCAUAUGCCGAAUAUGCGUGCCUUAAUGAAAGUAUGGCCAUGUUAUUACCUGAUCAACUUACAUUUCAACAAGGUGCUGCAAUACCUGAAGUGUGGUUUACGGCAUAUCAAGCUUUACAUUUACUCGCUCAAAUCAAAGAAGGCCAAGAAAUUUUGAUUCACGCUGGUGCCAGUGGUGUUGGAUUAGCAAUUGUUCAACUGGCCAAAAUGGCCAAAGCAAUCUUUGCAACUGUAGGAUCAGAUGUUAAAAUAAAAUAUGUAGAAGAAAUUGGUGCAACAAAAUGUAUCAAUUAUAAGACGGAAGAUUUUAAAGAAAAGAUUUUAGAGUUCACAAAUGGUCGAGGCGUUGAUAUAAUUAUUGACUUUGUGGGAAAAGAUUAUUGGCAUAAGAACAUUGAUUGCUUGGUUAUUGAUGGUUCCAAUGUAGAUAACGUUGAUCUAUCUGUGUUUCUUCGUAAACGAAUUCGGGUGAGCGCACUAACGAAACAAUCAUUUAUUGGAAUAGUAGUAUCAGCAAUAUUAUAA